AUGUCAGCACCCAAGAACCCACCCUUCCGAGCAGAACACCUGGGCUCCCUCAAACGCCCAGACAACCUCCUCGCGGCCCGCCGCGACGUCCACGAACACAAAUCCACUGCAGACUCUCUUCCGACCAUCGAAGACCGCGCCAUCGCCGACGUGGUCAAGAUCCAAGAACAAUGCGGCUUCCACGCCCCCAGCGAUGGCGAGUACCGUCGCCACAUGUUCUGGGGCACGUUUUUCCCUUCUCUGCAAGGCUUUACCGAAAUCCAAGGACCCAGUGUUGAUAUUUUUCGCGAAUAUGUGCCUGAUAUUGCUGCAUUUUUGGAGGCUGAUCAUGUGCCUGGUGAGACUGUGAUUUGUGAGGCUUAUCCCAAGGAGGUAUAUGCCAACGACCAAGAGUAUUUCGCAGACAUUGCAAAGGCAUACCGUACCGAACUCCAAAUCCUCUACGACGCAGGCCUCAGAAACGCUCAAAAAAUGCUCGACGGCUGGAGUGCAGACACCUCCAACACACAAACCGCCGACGAGCUCUUCGACAGUUACAUUGCAUUUUACAACGACUGUUUCCAGCGCCCGCAAGACAUGCAUCUCGGCAUCCAUCUCUGCCGCGGCAACUUUGUAAACUCGCGCCACUUUAGCGAGGGCGGCUACGAUCGCAUCGCCGUAAAGCUGUUCCGCAACCUCAACUUUGUGGUGUUGGGUGUAGUGACCAGCAAAUUCCCGAAGCUUGAGGAUAAAAAGGAGAUGGUGGAUAGAGUGAUGGAUGCGGCCAAGUUUGUGGCAGAGGGGAGUGGGCAGAGUGUACAGCAGGCUUUGCAGAGGAUGGGUGUCAGUCCGCAGUGUGGGUUUGCAUCGCACAGUGAGGGUAACUUGUUGACGUAUGAUGAUAUGGUGGAGAAGUUGAAGUUGGUCAGGGCAAUUGCUGAUGAGAUUUGGCCGGGUGAGCCUUGA